UAAUGCUUGCUCCGCAGUCGCGUGCUAGACUCAGGACCCGGCAGAAGGUAUGGCUGAGCCGGCUGGUGAUUUCGUAAGUCCUGCCGGGUGGCGUGAGUCUCCCGAGCUGACUCCCACGUUAGGGCCUCAGAGCGACACUGCCCUGCGGCGGGACAGCUGGAUGCUCUGGACAAUGCUGCCGCCGCCACCGCCACCGCUUACGUCUUCGUCUCCCUCAGCCGGCUCAAAGGCUUCCUCUGAGUCGCAGCCCCCAGUUGAGGCCCAGUCUCUCCCCGGGGCGCCGCCCCCCUUCGACGCCCAGAUUCUUCCCGGGGCGCAACCCCCCUUCGAUGCCCAGUUCCCCCUUGAUUCUCAGCCUCAACCCAAUGGCCAGCCUUCCUGGAAUUUCCACGCUUCCACAUCAUGGUAUUGGAGACAGUCUUCUGAUAGAUUUUCUCGUCAUCAGAAGUCCUUCAACCCUCCAGAAAAGAAAGGAACCAGUUUUUCACUUUUUUUGUGAUACCUGUGAUCGUGGUUUUAAAAAUCAAGAAAAGUAUGACAAACACAUGUCUGAACAUACAAAAUGCCCUGAAGUAGAUUGCUCUUUUACUGCACACGAGAAGAUUGUCCAGUUUCAUUGGAGAAAUAUGCAUGCUCCUGGCAUGAAGAAAAUCAAGUUAGACACUCCAGAAGAAAUUGCACGGUGGAGGGAAGAAAGAAGGAAAAACUAUCCAACUCUGGCCAAUAUUGAAAGGAAGAAAAAGUUAAAACUUGAAAAGGAAAAGAGAGGAGCAGUAUUGACAACAACGCAGUAUGGCAAGAUGAAGGGGAUGUCCAGACAUUCACAAGUGGCAAAGAUCAGAAGUCCCGGCAAGAAUCACAGAUGGAAAAACGGCAGUGCUAGACAGAGAGCAGUCACUGGACCAGGCAGUCACUCGAGUGAGUUGAAGCCGGCCAGUCCACCUGAGGCAAAUGCAGAUCCCCUUGGUGUCUUGAUAAACAGUGAUUCUGAGUCUGAUAAGGAGGAGAAACCACAACAUUCUGUCAUACCCAAGGAAGUGACACCAGCCUUAUGCUCAUUAAUGAGUAGCUAUGGCAAUGUUUCAGGGUCAGAGAGUGAGCCAGAAGAAACUCCCAUCAAGACUGAAGCAGACGUUCUGGCAGAAAAGCAGGUUCUUGAUAGCAGCAGUCCUAAGAGUCCAAGUCAAGAUGUUAAAGCAACUGUUAGAAAUUUUUCAGAAGCCAAGAGUGAGAACCAAAAGAAACGUUGUAAAAAGACAAAGCCUAAGAGGAAAAAAGAUUAUCAAAACUAUCGAACAUUAUUCGAACCAAGAACACACCAUCCAUAUCUCCUGGAAAUGCUUCUAGCUCCAGAUAUCCGACAUGAAAGAAACGUGAUUCUGCAGUGUGUUCGGUACAUCAUCCAAAAGGACUUUUUUGGCCUGGAUAUGAGUUCUGCGAAAAGUAAAGAUGUACAGGUGUCUGACGUCAGCACAUGUGUCUGAAGCGUGUGAAAUAGUAUCAUCCUCGUUAGUAGAGGAAAACCAAAACCCUUUUUUCCCUUAAAACUGGAUUUGUAAUUAAAUGUAAGCCUCAUAGGAUUAUGUUGGAAUUUUAAGUCUUUCCUUUUGUUCUAUGCAAAUAAAUACAUAACUGAUUUUUAA